GUCCUCUCUCCCAGCACUGUCCCCUCUCUGCCCAGCUUUGUCCCCUCUGUCCCCUCGGCCCAGCCCUGUCCCCUCUCCUGGGCUGUCCCCUCUCUCCCCUCUCUGUCCCCUGUCCCCCAGCGCUGUCCCCUCUCUCGCAGCCCGUUCCCGGGAUGGCAGUGGCUCGGGCAGUGGCUCAGGCGGUGGCUCUGGCGGUGGCGCUGGCGGUGGCGCUGCUGCCGCUGGCAGCCGAGGCGGGGAAGGAGCCGCUGCUGAACGUCUGCAUGGAUGCCAAGCACCACAAGAGCGAGCCGGGCCCCGAGGGCAAGCUCUACGAGCAGUGCUCCCCCUGGAAGGACAACGCCUGCUGCACGGCCAACACCAGCCUGGAGGCGCACAAGGACCAGUCCUACCUCUACAACUUCAACUGGAACCACUGCGGGGUGAUGCCACCCAAGUGCAAGCGCCACUUCAUCCAGGACACGUGCCUGUACGAGUGCUCCCCCAACCUGGGGCCCUGGAUCCAGCAGGUGGACAGCAGCUGGAGGAGGGAGAGGAUCCUGCACGUGCCCCUGUGCAGGGAGGACUGCGAGGAGUGGUGGCAGGACUGCAAGGAUGCCCUCACCUGCAAGGAGAACUGGCACAAGGGCUGGAACUGGGCCACAGGAACCAACCGCUGUCCCUGGGGCUCCGAGUGCCGGCCCUUCCACCAGGUGUUCCCCCGGCCCCAGGACCUGUGUGAGAAGAUCUGGUCCGGCUCCUUCAGGCUCAGCCCCGAGCGCCGGGGCAGCGGCCGCUGCAUCCAGAUGUGGUUCGACCCUGCCCGAGGCAACCCCAACGUGGCCGUGGCCCGGUACUACGCCGGGAUAAAGAGAUCGUCCCCCGGCCAGGAGGGCACCCUGGCUCCCCAGAGCGAUGGCAGCGGGCGGGCUCUGCCCUGCCCUGCGCUGCUCCUGCUGCCCCUGCUGCCCCUGGCCCUGCUGCUGCUGCUGCCCCCAGAGGGGGGGCUCCCGGGCAUGGGGCUCCCUGUGACCCCUCUGGGACAGGGCACAGCCUGCAGGAGCUGGCACAAACAGCUCUGUCCGUCCGUCUGUCCCAGGGCUCAGCAUAGGUUGUGCUGCUGGACCGUGGCACCACCUCUCUGCUGACCAGAACAGGGAUUUCCCUGCCUGUGCCUCCGGGGAAGAGCAGGGCAGUCUCUGCUCUGCUGUGGGAGCUGCUGCACCUCUGUUCCUCCCCUGGCUGAGCUCUGGUGUUGGUGCUUUGGGCUGCUGUG